ACUUUAGUUGACUAGGCCUCUACCUAUCUCCCAAAAUCCUUUGCGGCAGGGGAAGGAAAAUGAAAACGGCCAUGUCGUGGUAGAGAUCAGUUGUGAGCGGGAUUCAUAGUGUCGUUUGACGAUAUAUGUUAUGUAGUCUGAGAACUGCAGGUCUGAAAAGAACGCAUCCGACGCUUCGUGUGACACAAAACGUUUUCUUCGGAAGUACGCGUGUAAAUAAAGUUAAAGGACGAAGAUGAGCGGAGGAGGGACACCGUACCUCGGCAGCAAAAUUAGCCUCAUCUCCAAGGCCGAGAUCCGCUAUGAAGGAAUUUUGUACACGAUUGACACAGAAAACUCGACUGUAGCUCUCGCUAAAGUUCGCUCCUUUGGCACUGAGGAUCGGCCCACUGACAGGCCUAUUCCUCCUCGGGAUGAGGUCUUUGAGUACAUCAUCUUCCGAGGAAGUGAUAUUAAAGACCUAACAGUUUGUGAGCCACCAAAAGCCACCAGUGCCCUGCCGCAGGACCCUGCCAUAGUCCAAGUAAGUCAAUUGUCAUCAAUUGGAUCCUCAAGUGCUGCAGCACCUCCAUCAUUCCAGGCUCCUGGGUCCUAUGCACCUUUCAGCAGGGCUCCUGCCCCAUCAUACAGCCAGUUUGGUGUUGCACCCAUUAGUUCUCAACAGUUUGGAUCUACUGGAGCAAUUGGACGCACUAGUCCCCAGCUGGAUUCUAUAAGAAAGAGUCCCACCCUGGAACAGUCAGUGAAGGCCCCACCAUCAUCCACCCCAGCUCCACCUGCAGGACAGCGGAGUCAGACAGGGGCAGCAGCUUCCAGAACCACCACCACUGGCAUCCAGAAGCCUCCAGACCUCCUGGAGCAGAGAAAAGCUCCUGAGGUUCCGAAGGUAGCGCAGCCAGAUAAUGAGCAGGGUGCAGUUGAAAACCGGGAUCCCAAUAAGCGCCAAGGUGCUGGUGUUCAGUCUUCUAACCGCCGUGGCCGUGGAAGAGGAAACCGCAGCAGAGGCAAAGUAAAUGUGCGCAGGGAUGGCACAGUGAAGUUUGACGAAGACUUUGACUUUGAGACUGCCAACGCCCAGUUUCACAAAGACGAGAUUGACAAAGAGCUCCAGAACAAGCUCAAACUCAAAGAUGACAAAACUGAAAAGGCACUCAAUGGGGAGGAAUCAGAGCAUCCAGCCAAUGAAGGUGCUGCUGAGGAAGAGGAGGCUGUGAUAAAUACCUGCUACUAUGACAAGUCAAAGUCCUUCUUUGAUAACCUGUCCUGUGAUGAUACCAGGGAUCGUAGGCCAACCUGGGCUGAAGAGAGACGAAUGAACGCUGAGACAUUCGGCAUCCCUCUGAGGCACAACCGAGGAAGAGGUGGUUUCCGCGGUCGAGGCUUCAUGGGGCCUCGUGGAGGCAGAGGGCGACCGGUAAGCAGAGGCUCCUUCGGACCACCCCGAGGUGCUCCACCUGGAUUCAGAGGCGGAUUCAGAGGUGGCAGAGGAGGCCGGGAUUUCUCUGAUUUCGAAUACAGGAAGGAGAACAAGGUGGCUGCGUAGUACUGCAGUGAUGGAUCCACGAUGAAUGGUAGCCAGUCAUCAUGAAAUUAUAUUCAUCCUACAAAUUUUCUCAGCAUUCAACAGACAAAAAAUGAAGACAUCUUGUUGGUCACCAGCACCACGGUGGACUUUUCAGGCAGUGAGAGUGCCACUCCCUCUCUCAGCUUCACAAUGAGGCUUUUUGUUUUUUGUUUAGUUUUUUUGCCCCAGAAAUAUUAGUUUGAUAAGCAGUCACCGGAUGGACAGGAACACGUGUAAAUAUACCAUGUUUUGGAGUUUGUUCUCUUAAUUUACAGUAUUGUUUGAUAUUGAAUGCUGUAUCCAGAGUGCCCUCUGAUACUGUGAGCGGAUCACAGUCGGUGUGAUCGAUAGCUUUAUUUUAUCUUUUUUCAGUUCCCCUCGACUCCGUUUGAUAUAUUUCUUUGACACCAGAAUUCAAUGCAUCGCCUGUUGCACUUUUUUUUUUUUUCUCCUCUCAGACGCAUGUGUUCAGUAUCCUUUCUCGACUUUAAGCAUUUUAUUUUUCAUUAAUUCAUUCUCAAAUGUAGUGAGAUCAAAGCCAGCUGAAAAAGCAAAAAUCUGAACUUUACUGAAUGUAUUCUGAUCUCAUUUUAUUCUUCCUGCUCCACAGCAAAUUUAUUGCCCACCAAAAAAACCCCAGUCCCUCCUAGUUUUUAAGACGUAUGUAUUCAGUAAGUAGAUCAGUCAGUCCUCAUAAAUCAGAUGAAUUCUUUCAGCUUUAGGUUGGCAGCCUAGUGCAGCCAUUCAUUUGAUAUAUGCAGUUUACAGCAUAUUAGGUAUAGAUCUAUAUGUUGACUGCCGUAUUUCUUUUUUAAAUUUUUUUUUUAACAGUUUCCUGUUAUUUGUACCUUUUUUGAGGAAAUAUUCAUUAUUAGUAAAAUCUGUAGAAGGUGUUUUGUUUUUCCUGUAGGGAAGAACACCUAAACAGGUUAAAACUGACAAAAAACCCAAAACAAUGACGUGUUUGAGCUAAACUGAUUGUCUGCCAGAAGUAUGUGUUAUCAUUUAAGUACCUGUUAAAUGUCCCAAACAUGUGGAGUCCUCUGUUAAUUUCAGCUUACUUUUGAAUUGUCUUACAGUGUUGUCCUCUGAAUUGUCGUCUCCCCCACCCUCCCUACUGUUACUACACUCAGCUGUGUCAGAUUAUUUACUGAAAAUGGGAAAUAUUGUGGACUAAAUGAUGUCUCAAAGCAUAUGUUCAAACAAAUGACAGCGAUGCUGAUAGGUGUCAGCCUUCCAGCUUGUUUGUAGCGCUCUUGUUGCAUUGUGGUCAGUGUGAUUGUUCUCUGAAGUGAAUUUAUUUUUAUUGACUUUGAACAAAGGGACAAGAACUGGAUGUGGUGGGAUGCCUCUUUUUCUUUUUGGCUCUGAUUUAGUGCUUUAGGGAGUGCCUUCAGAGUGGUGGGUUUUUGUACAGCUCUCCCUUUAACGAAAAGGUUACCUUUUCAGACAAGUAUCAAAAGCACUACAAGGUGAAAUAGAUCCUUUCCCGUAGCUUUGGUUGUUUAGAACAGAACAGUUCAGGUGAAAGUGGGCCGUUUAACCGGAUUAAUCACAGACAGCCGAUCACUGCAUGGUAGUCGUAAAAAGCAUCAUUCUAUAGGGGCUUUCUCAAUAACCAGCAGGAUUAAAUUUGAGACAAAAUAUUACUGAACGAUUCACAACUGACAUGUUUUCAUAUGUUUGCUACUGCUUCCAGUCACUGGAAUUGUAAAACAGGAAUAGUUUUCUUGAGAAGCAAAAUGGAGUUUUUACGUAAAAUAAAGAGUUGUACGAUUUA